AUGAGGCAGAUUGGAUAUCUGCUGGAUUUGCUGCCCAGGAGAGGGCCCAAAGCGUAUGAAGGUUUUAUCCAAGCUCUCCAAUCAACAGGCCAAACUCAUGCUAUUGAAAUUCUCGAACCUGAUCCGAAACCUCUCUGGGGAGACGAACAGGCAAAAGCUAUUGCCGGCAAAAUUAGUAAUUAUUGUUCAGUCUCUGUUUUUAUGCAAACUACUUUUGUUGACGGUGAACUUGAGUUGAUCAACAAUGAUUAUCUGAUGAAAAAAAGCAAGUAUUCAACACUCAACUACGCGUUGCAAUGUAUUUAUCCAGUGAACAAGAAUUACAAAAAUCGUGUUGUCAUAAUCAACAUCAAUUUUGAUAAUGGGAAUAAGGCUAGAAGGGAUGGCUCAGAAAAAGAUUUUGAAAACUUGAAAGAAUUGUUCGGUCUCAUGAAAUAUGAUGUCAUUGGCAAAACUGAACUGUCAAAAAAAGAAAUGGAUGAAUUUAUUGUAGAAGAGCGUUCAUAUUUGAACACUUCGAAUGAAAGCCACAACGUAUGGAUUAUGAUAAUUAUGAGCCACGGCACGAUUGGAGGUUGCUACGAUGCAGAUGGAAGACUUCAUGCAUUCUCUGAUAUCGUCAAUAACUUUGAUGGCGUCAAUUGUCCUGGUCUGAAGGGAGUUCCGAAAAUUUUCAUCUUUCAAUGUUGUCUUGGCAAUAAAAAAUCCUAUCCAUGUGGAACAUUGUUUAAUAAGUGUGAAUCAGCCAGUGCCGACUACGAGUCAAGCUGUACCACUGCCAUCCCUCCUAUUAAUGACAGACACGACAAAGCAGACGUCAUUAGACUUUUCAGUACAGUUGAAGAAUACGUGUCAAUAAGAAACCCAGAAUUAGGGUGCAUCUACAUAUCGGCCUUCAUCUACGUUCUCUCGAACAUGUGCAGGCACGAAAAUCUUCAAACAAUGAUUCUGCGUGUUAGCUUUCAUUCUACUCUUGUUCAGAUCAUUAAGUGA